AUCUAUUCAGAAUAAAGUGAUUCCUUAAAAUAAAAAAGCCAUUGGCGAAAACCGCGAUCCCAUAGAAGAUUACUAUACACUUUUCUUAGAUCUCACCAGCAAUCCCAAAUCUUCACUCUCAGAUCUCACCAAUUUAUCAUCAAAGCUGCUUAAAUGCACUUACACUUUUUGUUGCUUUCUUGAUCUGGGGUGACUUGUUUUCUUGUGCUCGAUCGAUAACUUACUGCAUCAAGAAUUGUUUAAGAUGUGGAGAUUCAAACCUUUUAUGCCUAAGGAACAGACUGGGCUUGAAGGUCGCAGCAUUGAUAUUGGCAGUCUCAAAGUUCACGUGCGUAAUGCAAUUGCAGAGGGUGGAUUCUCUUGUGUUUAUUUAGCCCUACAUGGUUCAAAGCAGUAUGCAUUAAAGCAUAUUAUUGUUAAUGAUGAAGAAUCACUUGAUUUAGUAUUGAAAGAGAUUUCAGUGAUGAAAUCACUCAAGGGGCAUCCUAAUAUUGUCACACUUCAUGCGCAUACCAUCUUGGAUAUGGGUCGUACAAAGGAAGCUUUCCUUGUUAUGGAAUAUUGUGAGAAAUCCUUGGUUAGUGUCCUUGAGAACCGAGGAGCCGGCUUCUUUGAGGAGAAACAGGUCCUCUUAAUAUUCAGGGAUGUCUGCAACGCGGUCUUUGCUAUGCACUGCCAGUCCCCACCCAUAGCUCACAGAGAUUUAAAGGCUGAGAACCUUUUGCUGGGUGCUGAUGGAUUGUGGAAGUUGUGUGAUUUUGGUAGUACAUCAACCAACCACAAAUGUUUUGAGAAACCCGAGGAAAUGGGAAUCGAGGAGGACAAUAUAAGGAAACACACUACACCUGCAUACAGAGCUCCUGAGAUGUGGGAUUUGUAUCGAAGAGAAUUUAUAAAUGAGAAGGUAGACAUAUGGGCCCUUGGCUGUCUACUCUUUCGGAUAUGCUACUUCAAGUCUGCAUUUGAUGGUGAAUCAAAACUUCAAGUUUUAAAUGGCAAUUACCGGAUUCCAGAAUUACCAAAAUACAGCACUAACAUCACGGACCUAAUAAGAGAUAUGCUUCAGGCUUCACCAGAUGCCAGACCAGAUAUCACGCAGGUGUGGUUCCGUGUUAAUGGUCUGUUGCCCGAUGAGCUUCAAAAGUCGUUACCCGACAGACCCCCUGAAAUGCUGCAACAGGGUAUUGAUGGGCAUGAAGGAUUUUCAAGAGCUGCAGGUAAGACUAGUCCAAUGCCUAGCAGAAAUCCUCCACCUCCUGCUUCGGCUGCAGAACCUAAUCCUAAGUCGUCUCCUGCAUCACAUAAUUCAAAAGCUGGUGGAGCAGCUACUGGUCCAAUUGGUGCAUUCUGGAAUACCCAGCAUGCGACAAGUGCCUCUGUUUCAGAGGAGACAACCAGACCCAAAUUUGACGAUGAGAUAAGGCACAGUUCCGCAAGCCAUGACAACAGUCUUCUCAUUAAGCAAAAUAAUGUGCGACCAAAACCAGCCAAUAGAGCAGGGGAAGCCUCUUCAUCAACGGAUUUUGAAAUAAACUUUUUCCAGGAUGAUUCAGGUCACAGUGUUGGGAGUAAUAAAUCGUCUAAGUUAGGGGCGCCAACUGCCCCCCAAGGUGAAGCAUUCAAUGCUUUUGUUGCAGAAUUCUGUACCAAUAAACCAAGCCCUGGAAAUAACACUAAACAACCAGAGAAGAAAGAGCUCUUGGAAGCUGAGGUUGAGAAGCUGAAGCAACAGCUGUCACGAACCAACAUGGAGAAGGCUGAAAUGACAUCUAAAUAUGAAAAGCUAUCUGCAAUAUGCCGAUCACAGCGACAGGAGAUACAAGAGCUUAAACAAGCUCUUGCUGCCAGAACUCCAUCACCAAAUAGAGACAUCACUAGGAAUCAAGCAUCUCCUGGAAGUCAACCAUCCAGUAUUCUACCGAAAAUGGAUAAAAUUGAGGGAACGGUUUGGGAACUUCAGCAAGGACUAUUUGGCCAGAGUCAAGUGAGCCCAGAUUCAAAAUCAUGGCAAGCAUUUGCUGACAAUGAUCCAAAGCAGCAAGCUACUCCAGUUAACGCUAACUCUAAAUCUGUCAGGACAAGAAAUAGCCACCAGAACAGACAGACAUCUGAAACAAAUACAUCAGCAUUUGGAACAGAUAGCUUUAGGGCUGUGCCAGCUUCCAGCUCUCAGAUAAAGGCUACUUUCGAUGAGUCAAAAAAGUCUAAGCGUUUUGGUGAACCAAAGAACAUAGAUAGCAAAUCAGCUUCCCAACCUGCUGGAUGGGCAGGUUUUUAGAAGAUGUUAUAGCUAAACUUAGGCUGGCAAAGCACAAUUUAACAAUUUGAGAGUUCCUUUACAAUAUUCUCUUCCUAUUAUAGAAGGAUGUAGUUCGGGAAGAAUGAAUACAGGAAAACGAAUCGAGGGGGUUGUAAAACAAAUACUGGUUCGGUUGUUUUGAGCUGUUGAUUGUUUGUGUAGAUUUUGAACCUAUUGUUAUAAUUUAUUUUGUUGUGUUGCUUUCUU